CCAUACAUCUGUUUUCUCCUUUAAAAAAAAGAAAAUAUAUAUAAGCAAGGUUCUUAUCAGUGGUUGUUUAUGGAUGUGCUUUCAGUAAUAGUAGGGCAGACUAACACACUCUUGCACGGGACAUCGUCGCUGUUUUGCGCCCGUUUGCUCUUUCUCAAGCGCAGACAGCUGCGCAAGCUGUCAAAUACAGCAGGUGAUGGUAACCUGAAUGACAUUUGACUUUUAGUGGUCUGUUUAUUUAGAAAAGGUUGCUUAGUUUGAGCAUGUGUGUGUCUGUGUGUGUGUGUGUGGUUUCUUGUUACAUUCUCCUGCAUCUGUAUUCAACUCUGCUGUUGUGCAUUGUCCCAUUUAUGCCUUUUUGUGCAUGCAUCCAAAGUCUUUGUGUGUUUGCGUGCCUGCAUUAUUGUCAUUGAUUGAGUGAGUGUGUGCGUGCCUAUAUGCUUUUUUUUUUUUUUUUUACAGAUGUGUGUGUGCGUGUGUGUGUGUGUGUGGCACCACCGCCUGUCUGACAUUUGCCCUUUCCUUCCCCUUUCUCUCCCCGGCCUCAUUCCAGAGCAACCACAGCAUGUGAAUGGCGGUAGAAAGCGGCAGAGUUGUCACAGAGGAGCAGGAGGAGCCCGCGGCCUCCGGAGCCGUCACUCGCGCGCACCGCGCACACACCCGGAGCCAGAGCCACAUCCAGUUUCAGCCUCUGACACACAGCACCAGCACCACCACCACCCAGUGGCAGGCUCCCCGCGCUCUCGCUCACACGAGGAGUCGCAGUCACACGCACUUCAGCACUCCUUCGCACACGCCUGCGCAAAAGUACGGCUGCCGCCUCACGCACAGCCUCUCAGCCAUGACCAAGGGGGACAAGGGAGCGCAGGGCUCCGCGGGGAAGCUCAUCAAGCCCACUGAGCCGCUGUUCCCCAAAACUCCUCAGCAGACCGAGUUGGGCCAUAAGUUGACAUUUAGCAGCAAGCUGUGUUUCGCCAUCGGCGGCGCGCCCAAGGAGGUGGCUGCCAGCGCCACAGCCUUCUUCCUGCAAAUAUACCUGCUGGAUGUCGCUCAGAUCAACGCCUUCCAGGCCUCCAUGGUGCUGUUCAUCGGUAAAGCCUGGGGGGCCGUGACCGACCCUGUCGUCGGUUUCUUCAUUACGAAGAGCAGAUGGACCAGGAUUGGCAGACUCAUGCCCUGGAUGGUGGGUUGCUCUCCGUUCCUGGUGGUCUCCUACUUCUACCUCUGGUUCGUUCCUCCCUUCAUCAGCGGCAGGUUCCUCUGGUACCUCGGCUUCUACUGCCUCUACCAAACCCUCAUCACUUGCUUCCACGUGCCUUAUUCUGCUCUCACCAUGUUCCUGAGCACAGACCAGAAGGAGAGAGACUCGGCCACUGCUUACCGAAUGACAAUGGAGGUGCUGGGGACACUUGUGGGCGCCGCCAUCCAGGGCCAGAUCGUGGCCAGCGCUCACACUCUGAAGCACUGCCCGCCUCACAACAUGUCCGCCGGUUACCUUGGCAACAGCAGCGGGACGGAGAUCGUCAGGAGGCUGGUGCGCUCCCAGGACUACCUGUCACACUCGAAGGAGAUGUACAUGAUAGCUGCCGGUGUGAUAGGAGGAGUGUUUCUCGUCUGCACCCUGGUGAUGUUCCUGGGAGUCAAAGAGAGAGACGAUCCGUACGCCCCGAAGACAGAGAAGCAGAUCCCGUUCCACCAGGGCUUCAUCCUGGUGAUGAGACACGGGCCGUACCUCACUCUGACCGCUGCCUUCCUCUUCAUCACCGUCGCCAUUCAGCUGGUACAGAGCAACUUCGUCCUCUUCUGCACUUACGCCGCCGACCUGAGGGAUCACUUCCAGAAUAUUGUGCUGACCAUCCUGGUUUCUGCAGUGAUAAGCAUCCCGGUGUGGCAAUGGUUUCUGCAGAGGUUUGGGAAGAAGACAGCGGCUUUUUGCGGUAUCACAUGGAUCAUGCCCUUCACCUUGAUGCUGGUCUUCAUCCCCAACGUUGUGGUGGCCUACGUCGUGGCCGUCUCCUCUGGACUCAGUGUGGCCGCCUCGCUCCUGUUGCCGUGGUCUAUGCUGCCAGAUGUGGUGGAUGACUUCAGACUGGCCAACCCCUACUGUAAAGGCCACGAGGCCAUCUUCUACUCGUUCUACGUGUUUUUCACCAAGUUCGCAGCGGGCAUCUCCCUGGGAGUGUCCACCCUCUGCCUGGAAUUUGCAGGGUAUGACACCGGCGCCUGCAAGCAGCCUGCCCCUGUAGUGUACACCCUGAAGCUGCUGAUUGGUGCUGCCCCUGUGGCCUUCAUUGUUACGGGGUUAAUGAUCCUACUGCUCUAUCCUAUCAGCGAAGACGUGCGACUCAGGAACAGACUCUGCCUGGAUGAGCUACGGAAACAAAGCAUCAGCUCCAGAACAACGGAAGAUUUGAAUAGUGUGUGACCUGGGUCUUGAAUGAAGUGAAUCCACAAAGCCACGUGUUCCAGUUACCUCCGCUGGAAAGUUGUCCAUUAGUGUAUAUUACACUGAUAAAUAGUUCAAUCGUUCUAAUGUAAACUUUUUUGUUUCAUUUUCACAUGUACUGUACAGUCAUCUUGGAUAUAUAAAUAUAUAAGAUUACCUAAUUUAUAUCAAUGAAUGUAUACCAUUAUUUGCUGUGUUUAGCGCUACAAUACUGUUAUUUAUUGAUGAUAUAUGAUUACUGAGGGCUGAUGUUAUGAAAUGAAUAAAUGUUGUGGAGGUUGGUUAAUAGACC